ACACUGCAUGAAAUACAAUUUUGAUGGAAAUUUCUAUAAACGUCUUUGUUUUUCUGCUGUACACUCUAAUCGUGAUUUAUCUGCAGCACUUUGUAAACAAGUACACCGAGUUUGUGCGCAGCCUCUAAA